CGCUGUCUGUAUAGCAAUUCCCAGGCACAUAUUCAACAUGGCGGAGAAAGAAGUCCCUCUCACGGCCGUCAAGGUCGAGGCCUUGGUGGUGAUGAAGAUCAUCAAGCACGGUUCUCAAGCCUUCCCGACGACUGCGACCGGUUCGAUCGUCGGUAUGGAUGUCGACGGUACCCUGGAGAUCACCAACAGUUUCCCUUUCCCCGUCGUUGAGGUGCCCGCCGAAUCGCACUUUGACAAUGCUGCUCCCAACCCGGCUGCUGCUGCCCCCCGCGCGAAGGCCAACGCAGCUUACGAGGCUGAGAUGGUCCGUAUGAUGCGCGAGGUUAACGUUGACGCCAACAACGUUGGUUGGUACACUAGCGCCAACAUGGGCAACUUCAUCAACAUGAACGUGAUCGAGAACCAGUUCUUUUACCAGAAGGAGAUGAACGAGCGCACGGUCGCUCUGGUGCACGACGUCAGCCGCAGCGCACAGGGAAGCCUGAGCCUGCGCGCCUUCCGCCUGUCUCCUAAGUUCAUGGCGGCUUUCAAGGAGAACAAGUUCACUUCCGAGGAGCUCCAAAAGUCCAACCUCAGGUACCAGGACAUCCUGGUCGAGCUCCCCGUUGAAAUCCACAACUCUCACCUGAUCACCUCCUUCAUUCACCAGCUCCAGACUCCCACUCAGGCGACUCCCUCCGAUCUCCCCCCGUCCCUGGCCGCGUUGGAGUCGUCUCAGUACGCCAAGUCAUCCGUGCUGGCGCCCAACUUCGACAACCUCUCCCUCAGCAUCGACCCGUUCCUGGAGAAGAACUGCGACCUUCUGCUUGACAGCAUCGAGGUGCACCACACCGAGACCAACAACUUCCAGUACUACCAGCGGUCGCUCGCCCGUGAGCAGGCCAAGAUCACCGCGUGGCAGAACAAGCGCAAGACCGAGAACGCCAGCCGCGCGGCUCUCAAGCAGCCCCUGCUCCCCGAGGACGAGUGGCAGCGGCUGUUCAAGCUGCCCCAGGAGCCCAGCCGCCUGGACAGCAUGCUCAACAGCCGCCAGGUUGAGCAGUACGCUCGCCAGGUCGACAGCUUCGUGUCUGCGACAACGGGUAAGAUGUUUGCCGUCAAGGGCAACCUACUUCCGGGUGAGACGGCCAAAUAGAUGGUGAGGAAUGGAACGGAAAAUAGGAAAGGCGGGCGAUGAUGAUUAGUUCUUGGAAUUGCAUGACCUUACGGCGUAGGGAGGGAAAAUUCUGUAUCUGACGGGCUGUUAAUAUGACUCCUGUUUGCUUCUUCCAUGAGAAUUAGAACGGGCAUGACUUGAUACCAUACCUCCUUACUUGACUGUCCUGCUGCUGCUGCUGCUCUUUACUGCUAUUGUAUUCAUUAAAGAGAGCUGAUCCAGCCCUAAUUCCGGCUUAGGGCAAAGCCUGCUUCUGGCACGUGGUGAUGACCUCAUCGAUAACGAGAUAGAUAACUAAACUACUAGAUAAGAUCAUGCCUCACUACCAUGGACAUACAUA